AUGCGGGGCGAAGGAAAGGAGGAUGCCAAAGAGGUGAUCAAAACAUUGGACCAGCACAUUCGCGGUCACCCCUACUUCCGCCAGUUCCCGGACUACGCCAGAUGGUGGGCGCAGAUGCACCUCUGCGGGCCUGCCUUGGACUGGUCCACGUCCAAGGAACAUCUCAUCUGGCCAGAGUUCCGGGGCGCCUCGUUUCAACAAGGCAGGCCCGCAGAGCAGAGGUGCAUCUGCACCCACCACCUGGCUUAG